UCCCGAAGGCUCCGCCCCAGGAGGGUCGCUGGGGAGGAAACCCGGGUACAGCCGCGAGCGCCGGAGGCCUUGGCUUCCGCAGUUUAGAGCCGCCAGGGAAAGAGUCUGAGAGCUGCGGUUCUGCCCUGCAGCCGGCGUUUCUGCUGGCUUUCUUCGGUUCCUUCCCGGCGUCGGGAAGUCUCCAGAAUUUUUUUUCUCCUAAACUGCCAUCCAAAUUAAUAAUCCUCUUUAAUAACCUGAUCUCCCGUUCCUCCCCACCCCCUGCCUCCCGCCUUGGCUCCUUACUCCUCCCUCUGCCCUUCCCACCUCCUUGAUCACAGUCGGAGGGAAACCCAACAGCUGCUCUGCCUGGGGGGGGGGGGGGGUGUGAACCCAGAAGGGGUGUUGGAGCCCGGGGUUGGUGGGGGGAGCGUCUAGGCUACAAUCCCCGAGUCUUUUGUUUGCCCUCUGCGCUGAGAACACUGGCCGCGGCUGCUGAGCUCUGGUGUCGUCGCAUCCCCAGGCAUCUUGUUACCAAAUUAAAAGUCAACAGGGGAUACUGGGGCAGGCACCCCUCCUUUCCAGGGCCCCUCCCUUCUCCUUCGCUCCAGGUCCGCCGGGGAGGCUUGCUGGGUGUGGAGACGGCGGUGGAGGCCAAGGCAAACUGUGGGUGACUGCGCCUGCGGGCGACUUUGCUAUCUGUCCACUGGGACCCAGGGAGGAAGAAUCAGCAGCUCUCCACCCCCUCCCUCUCCACCACCAUUUUGGAUACUCUGCAGGGAAGUGUUUUGGGGUUCCCACUGACUUCCAGGAAGGAAGAGUGCCCCUCUCUGACCCCUGUUCCGGCGGCUAUCUCUGUUUGCUGCGGUGACCCUUUGCCCAUGACCCUACGGUGCCUCGAGCCCUCCGGGAAUGGCGCGGAAGGGACGCGGGGCCAGUGGGGGACCGCGGGGACCUCGGAGGAGCCGUCCCCGGAGGCGGCGCGUCUGGCGAAGGCCUUGAGGGAGCUCAGUCAAACAGGUUGGUACUGGGGAAGUAUGACUGUUAAUGAAGCCAAAGAGAAAUUAAAAGAGGCACCAGAAGGAACUUUCUUGAUUAGAGAUAGUUCGCAUUCAGACUACCUACUAACAAUAUCUGUUAAAACAUCAGCUGGACCAACUAAUCUUCGAAUCGAAUAUCAAGAUGGGAAAUUCAGAUUGGACUCUAUCAUAUGUGUCAAGUCCAAGCUUAAGCAAUUUGACAGUGUAGUUCAUCUGAUUGACUACUAUGUUCAGAUGUGCAAAGACAAGCGGACAGGCCCAGAAGCCCCGAGGAACGGCACUGUUCACCUUUAUCUGACCAAACCGCUCUACACGGCAGCGCCACCUCUGCAGCAUCUCUGUAGACUCACCAUUAACAAAUGUACCGGCACCAUCUGGGAACUGCCUUUACCAACAAGACUAAAAGAUUACUUGGAAGAAUAUAAAUUCCAGGUAUAAGUGUUUCUUUUUUUCUUAACAUGCCUCAUAUAGAGUAUCUCCGAAUGCAGCUACGUAAAAAAGAACCCCAAACUUGAGUGACUGCUCUGGAUAACUACAUGGAAUUCUAAGAACAGCCAAAGGAAUCUAACUUAAAUGUGUGACGAGGUAGCGAGGUAAAGUUUCCUCAACUAUUUUCACCUGAGUAGUAACACUUCCCUUCCUGAGGCUAAGACCAGUUGACCUUUUAAGUUAAAAAUUAAAUAUCCCAAGUAAAGGCUGAAGUAACAUUUUUAUCAGAAUGCCUUGCCUUUUGAGAUUCCUUCCUUUUUGGUUGAAGGUCCAAGCACCAGUGAACGAACUGCACCGAGGGGUACUGAAGGGGAAGGAAACUAACACAGGCUGACUUCAGUUUCACAUGCCUGGUGAUCUGAGUCUGCUUUGGACAUGUUAUGUUUUGCAUUCUGAUGUACCUGGGGGUUUUGUUGAUCAGAUUUACUUGUGAGCGUUUAUCCUGCAUUUUAUGCAAUUAACCAAAUCAACCAAAAAAAGUGACCAUGAAAUCCUGUAUUUGUCUUUUUACUACACAUAUGAACUCUCCCAUGUGAAUGAGUACUGUAGUAAUCCAUUUUAAGGGAGCCUUACUUCAGACAUAUUUCAAAUUGGUGCAAACAGAAAAGACUUUGUCUUUUCCUUUAAGGCUAAAGACAAGAAUGUCCUGCUAUACAGGUGCAACCCAAUCCUUGUUCAUUAAACCAUGUGGAUUUAGAUAUGUUACCCUUUGAAGUAGCUGUGUCCCAACCUUUUGCCAUGGAUUUCUUUGGAAAUGGCUCUAGAGAUUUCCAAGGUGUCCUUGAAUUGUCUAACCAUAGACAUCAAUGGUUCUCUCCCUUCUACCAUGUAGAACACUUUGACUUAAUUUUCUUCCAGAUAUAGGGGGAUACCUGCCUGUUUUUCAACAUGUUUAUUUACUGCUGUUACUAUUUGAUUAGAAUGUAUUAAAUAAAAGAAACCCUGACUUUUA